UCGAAGAAGCCAUUGCUUGCAUUUCCUGCAAAAAAGUGAAAAAUAAGGUACUCAUCCUGGUUUUUAUGCCGAAAAAGUUCUUUUCCAUGGUUGGAUUGCCAUGGGCACCUUCCCAUCAAGGCACAAACAAUGGACAAUGCUGUCAACAGGCAGCUGUUUUUUGACCUACGGAAGACAUUCCCUGAAGUUCCAGAGGCUGUGGUAGUUUCAACAUUACAGCGGUAUAAUAAUAAUCGAGAUACCUGCUUUGAUAUCCUAUCAGUGGAGAGGCAGAAGUAUGUCUACGGACCUUAUGAGAGUGCUGCAGGCUCCAUGGUAAACCAGGUACGCGGACUUCGGCUGAAGGAUGAAAGAGGUCGAGGUUUGAGUCAGCCGGGCAUCGAAACAAGGCCACCAGAUCCAAUCUACAAUGCGGAGUCUUCAUAUUCACAGGGAAUGACUCAUAGUCGGAGUGAGCCGCACCUCUUGCAGGAGACAUGUCACAGUCCGACGCAUCUUGGACGGCCUCCAGAGUAUUCAGCAAGUCCAGUAUACUACACAGACUAUAAUCAAGCCAUGCGGCAACACCCUGCACCGCCACCUCCUACAAUACCCUAUUCACAAGAUACACGGUUCCAGUUUGCUCAGCAGCCUCAGCCACCACCCCCCUACUCAAUGAUGUCGCCUGGCUAUACUUCAAAUGGUGCUAACUAUACUUAUACUACAGCAGGUGCUAGCAGUGCUAAUAAUCCUAGCAUGAAACAGGAUUGGACUAACCCGACUCCUUGGGCUGGUGGCGACCCUCAGAGGUCCACUUCGCCAUACGUGAAUUAUCCAAUGCACGGGUCACCCUACACUCCUCCAAGACAGGAUGGAAAUCAGCUGGCAGAAACUCUGACUAAUUCGACGCAUGCUACGCCACAGCGAAAUUUACCACCUUUGUAUAUAGACACAAAUAAUCAGCACCCCCCUAGGCAAUUUCUUAAUAUGACAAACACUUUGUAUGGAUCGCAUAGUCCACACAACAGUCGUAGUCAAAGCCCUGUGGUGCACAAUCCCAUGCAGAUGACUUUGCCUCAGCAACCUCCACCUUACCAAAGUGGAGGGCAGCAAAACCAUCACGGCCAAGGCGUACAUACCCCGGGAUCAGAGCCCGGCACCCCACCAGUACAUUUCCCCCAUACGAACUCUGCGCCGAAUGUGUUUUUUCAACAAACGACGCCUAAUCGUUCGCAGUCCAAUGAUAGUGACCAGAGUUUGUUGGAGACGAGUGACCCCCAUGAGCGACUUGUGCACCAGCAGCCAAUACAACCAGCAAUUAUAUCAAGGAGUUCAAGUCAGAGUAGUCUUGUAAAUAACGAUAUUGAAGGUCGAACGAGUCGUUCCAAUAGUACAGAUGAUAUAGCCUAUACACAAGCCUUGAUUCUGCAUCAGAAGGCUAGGAAGGAGAAGUUAGAAAAAGAAAUGGAGCGGUAUCGUGCCUUUCGGGAUCAGUUACGCACGAAAGUGUGGACCAUGGAGAAUGAAAUCGCCAAGAGGAAAUCGACGAGAAAUUUGGAUUUGAGGACGACGCCUGUUGACUUAGUGCAAAUGCGAGAAUCCAAUCGUCAGUUACAAGUAGAUAUACAGCUUCUGUACAGAGAGCUUGACUCCUAUGAGCAGGGUCAGCAGCAACCUCCUGUUAAUGAGAACUUCUAUAUGAAUAUGGAUUCCACCGGCCAGUCAGGAACACUUAGGCCUCCUCCGAGUGGUGUCAUCGAAUCUUUGCCGUCGGUGCCAAGACUCCCUAUUCACCCUCAAGAACAGAUGUCAAACGAUGAGGAACAAUGGGCUUGUUCAGCGUGUACCUUCCUCAACCACCCAGCCUUAGAUAAGUGUGAAUGCUGCGAGUUCCCCCGUGCUGUGCCCCAUCGACAAGGUCAUGGCUGAUGAUGUCAUUCAGUGGAGGAUCUAUCCAGCUGUGUUAUACUAAACGUUGUGUAUAUGUGUCUAGCGCUUCUUGAGACUUCCUACAGAUUACAGUUUUAGCCUGCAAAAUGUUACACUUAUCUCUUGGCGACCGAUUUCAUUCUUUUAUAAACUCCCGUUGAUAAGUUGUGGACUUGCAUCAACUUAAUUUUAUGUAAACGGUGAAAAGUUUGGGGACAGCAUUGAUUGGCAAGUUUGUGCCAACUUCUCACUAUGGUUCUGUUGAAUUUUUGGUUGAGAUCGAAAAAAAAUCAUGUUAAAAUUAUUUGAUUUGGUUCAAAGUUUAUAAGGCAAAAACCUUGUGAUUUCCGGCUGCAGCCCAACUAGUCCCAGUUGUAAAACAUCAGGUUGUGGUCUGGAUAUUAGAAAUCAAUUUUGCCAAGAUUAUGACAACUAUUUAUUUGUGCAGGUCAAUCAAAUGUACUUGUGUUUUGUGAUCAUGAGUUCUUAAGAACACGCAAGGGAACUUGUCUGAUGUAAAAAAAUGCAUUUUAACUUAAGAAAGCCAUAAUUUUGUCAAUGUUUACUAAACAUGAUGAUUAGCAACACAGUCUUGUACUAAAGAAGAGUUUCCUAUCUGAUUCAUUGUUAUACUACUGUACAUGAAUAUUCAGUGGAAGUUUGAUACAUCUAAUAUGUCCGCACAGAUCCUACAUUGCUGGGCAAUAAAGGAAAACUUGACACUAAAUGUAUCAUAUGACUUGGUGUUGUAUUUUCUAUUUCUAUUAUUUUCUGUUCUAUUUUCUAAAACUACUUCAUGUACACUGUACAUGUAGGUAUCAUAUUCUUGUAUUAGUUGACUUACUAUUGUAGCUUUGUAGAAAGGCACAAAACAGAUGCAUAUUUCACAAAAUGUUCAAAAUCAGUGAAUCAGAAUGUCAAUGAAUUGUUCAUUCAACAGUUGCAAUCCCGAUUUAUUACUGUAUCUGUAUUUCCAUUGGUGUUGUGUGCUCGUUGAAACACUAACUUGAAAACAAGGACUGUAAAACAAACCUCUGGUUAAAGGCUGAACAUGUCUAUCCUUAGUUUAACAUUAUCUUGAUAGCACUCUGUCUUAACUGUGCUGUAGUACAUUUGGCUUGAGUUUCAAUCAUCCAUUUGAGUGGUUUGUUGUGCAUCCACAUGUAUGUGUUGUGUUUUGUUUUACUAAAAUUACCUCGUCACUUCCUCAAAUGAAAGCAUUUUAUUUGAGCUUUAAUCCGGAUUAGUGAUUCCACUAAUAAUCAUUCAAAGUUUGGCAAAAGAUUUAGGGAACAAGAACUAGAAAAAUAUUGUACACCUUAUCAAAGGUCAGUUUUUUACUUGAAGAAAAGUGGUGAAUGUUUGGGAGCUUUAUCUUGAAGGCGUCUUGUGAAUGAAUCCAUUUGAUUUGACAUGCCUCUCAUACUGUUUACCUUCACAUGCCGCUGCAACAAUGAAUGAACUGGAGUCAAACAGAAAAGACCACUUUGGCAUGAUUAGUUCGACAUGGAAUGAAUUGUAUUCUUUUGUGAUUAAGGCCUGUCUGAAGCCAAGUCUUCUGUGUAGUGUUAUCACCCUGACUCAUGAAAGUAAAGCUUUGAGACGUUCUCAAAAAGUCAUUUUCAGUGACAUUUUGACAUCUGUCGGGGUGGGGAUGAGCUCUACAGUCAUUUUUCAAUUAGCAUGUUAUUGUAUUUGACACUUCAUAAAUGUAACAGUCACAGUCUGUUUCGACUUAUUGUACCUGUUUCCUUGGCAUGCUCUAUGACUGCAUGUACAGCAUGUAUAUCUUAUAUGGGCUGCCUGAGUUUUCGUUGAACCCUUGAACUCCUAGAGCUCAGGUCAGUCGAAAAAUGGAUUUCAGAUGUUAAUGAUUCGUUGAUUAGCCAUCAUUGGUGUAAAUUGUAAAUGACUGUUUUUACAUGAAUUCAUUUAGUUACAGCUGUCUGGCACAGCAGUUGCAAGGAAUGAAGAUAUGUUACUGUUUUCAAACAUUUACAUGAGAAAUGUUGUAUUGUGUACAGUAGUUCUCUAACAUUUCACCUAAGACUGUCAUUGUUACAGUUAAUUCACUACAUGUAGCGUUUAAGUUGUUCAAGAUGAAGCAUGGGCGUUGAAAUUGAACUGGUCAGUAUCAUAACUGUAGUUACCUCUGUGUGUGUAGUACUGUAAACCCCAACAUUAUUUAGUCGUUUUAUUUUUGCUAUUUACGAAAAAAAAUUUAAAUUAAAAAAUAAAACACCUUUGAAGAUUUGCCGGUUACAGUACAUGAUGUACUGUGUGGAUUUAUCAAGACAAGUGCCUUCACAAGUGCCCCGAGAUAAUUCAGGGCCACCACUAACAUAGUUUACAGAGUUCCUAGAGUAGAGGACAUUACUGAUAUUCAUCUGUCAGUGUGCUUCAGCUGUCUUGUUAAAUGGUUUGGUGCAUUUCUGAUGUAUCCAAGUAUCGCCCUCUAUGCAGGAAUGCUGGAAAAUGUUAGAAGUAGGUGGUCAUUAUCUCAAGAUGCACCUCCUUUAAUAGUGGACAGUCUUGUUAUUAUGUUAGCAGCUUCAGAAAAACGUAUUUUAAGACUCCGAUGUUGAGAUAUUUUGCUGCCAGAUAAGCCGUCUUGUGAUGUGGGUUUUCUGUGAGGAACUUGAAAGGGUGUCAGAAAACUGGGUGUUUCCCUGGGCCAGAGACCAUCAACCAUUGGUCUUCCCCAGCACCUCCCUGACAGUUCUUUGUUGUCCUCAUACCCUUCAUGACACUGUAACUGUUUCGUGGCCACCCUGAUCACAUUGUGAAGGAUAGGUGCAAAUGUGUGUCUCUGAAAACAAACAAAUUCAGUAUAUUCUAGAAAACCUUUAAAAGGCUUCUUUGGUUGUUGGUCCAGCCUCGUCUGUUGUGUGGGAAUGUACAUAUUUGAGAGAGUACUGCAUCUGUUGUAAGAUGAGGCUGUAUGUUAUUGUAGGCAGGCACUUUGGUCGCUGAGGAAACGAAUACAUCCCCCCACAACCUAUCGGCUACAAGACUAAUGUCAGAGGGCUAUUUUCCAGGGCGUUGAUAUCCAAACUGCCUUAUCGGUUGACUGAGAAGACCUCCUGUUUGCAGGACACUUUCGGCACUUAAUUUGUUAUUUUCCCUCUUUGUUCGGGUGACUGAUAGGUUGUGUCAGCUGUACACUUUGAAGGCUGUGGUGUGGAAUAUAUUCUGUGAUGGCAUUAGUUUUUGCCAAUGGAUACCGGUAAAGUGCAGUGCGGCCAUUUUGCAUGGAAGCAUGUGGCCAUAGAAGGCAAAUGAUGAUGGAACAGUGCAAGACUGCCGACAUGCACAUCAACUCGCACCAUGUUGAGCACCCUUCUGUUGCACUGUCAUCGCUUUGCCAUCAAAGGUCACAUGUUCGCCAUCCAAUAAUGUUGCCGUUGUCUGCCCAUCAUUGACAGAAAAAUUGCUAUCUGCGGUGGAGUUUCAACUCCAGAGUUGUUAAUUGUUGAAAUGAACAUCGUGUGAUUGAUGAAAAUAAGCUUUGAAAAUUAUGACGGUCCUGUUUAUGUAAAUGCCUACUUGCUUUUCUAACAGUUUUCUUGGAAGAAAAACAUUCUGAAAGGAGUGGAUAAAAUGAUUGGAAACCUUCUGGUCGGUCUGAUUCAUUUUACAUGUAACUUUGCAGAAAUCUUUCGAAAAAGGAGGAGCAGUUACUUUAAACAGGACUGUACAUGUACAUGUUGAUGUAGAGUAUGAUAUUUAAAAGCUUUAUGAAAUAAUGGUUAUUUUAUAUAUUACAAAUAAAUUGUACUAAAACAUUGUAA